UGUGUGCGUGUGUGAUUGACCCCACCCCACGCGCACACACGCACACACACUCACGGUCCAUUGUUACAUACGCACAAGGUCAUAAACGCGUAUAUAUAGGACCGGGCGGUGUUGGACCCUUCUCAUUAAUUAAAGACAAAACCAGCACGAAGCGUAACAGGGUGUGUGGGGUGGUGGUCAGUGACAAGGGGGUCUUCUCUAACUCAUCACAAACGAUAGACACGUACACACACACGCGCGCGCUAGACAUACACUCUGCAUGUACACGCACCUGCUUAGUCCACACAGAGGAAGCGACAACGUCAGAGACCGCGUUGUGUUCAUAGCGAGAUAUUGCAAUACUCACCACAGCGAGCACAACACACAUCACACACACACCACACAACACACACAGACAGACACGUGCGAGAAUUCGCAAUACGAUUUGGCAAAGUUGCGAGCCGCAUAAAAGGUCCUCCCCACCCUCCCCACCCUCACCACGAAAAAAAACCACACCACGCAGAUACAAUUCUAAGAACUAUCAUCAUCAUCAUCAUCACCACCAGCAGUCGUAUCAUCAUCAUCAGCAGCAGCAAAGUCGGAGAAGUCUCAAAAGCCGCACCAGCGUUGCCGAGAUCCGGCGCGUCUGUCUCCGGCGACGUUUCGUGACGGAAGACGAAGCCGGCUGCUCGACAUCGCCGCAUGGAUUCAGACGCGAGCUCCGUUACGUCGAGUCGCGCUUCCUCGCCGGAGGUGGACGUCUACCUGCGAGCCUCGGGCCAGAUGCUGGGACUGGGCGGCCGAGUCAGCUCCACCACCAUCUCGUCGUCGGGCCCGUGCGGGGCCGACUCCUUCCCGGGAUCGCUCAGCGAACGGGAGCUUCUGCUGCAGCAGAUGCAUGGAAUCGGCGUCGGAGUGGGGAGCGGCGGCCUUGGUGCUGCAGGGAUGACAGCGGCGUCGGCGGCCGGAACAGCGGCGAUGUUGCUCAUGAGCAGCGGCAGUAGCAGCAGCAGCAGCAGCAGCGAGGAUCGAGCCCACGCGGCCGCCCUCGCCAAGUUGCACAAGGACAAGAAGAACCUGAGCGAACACGACCUCCAGUCGCUGCGUCUCAAGAUCAACAGCCGCGAGCGCAAGCGCAUGCACGACCUCAACCUCGCCAUGGACGGCCUGCGCGAGGUGAUGCCCUACGCGCACGGACCCUCGGUGAGGAAGCUCUCCAAGAUCGCCACGCUGCUGCUCGCCAGAAACUACAUCCUCAUGCUGAGCAGCUCCCUCGAGGAGAUGAAGAGGCUCGUGGGCGAGAUAUACGGCAGCCACCACUCGGCGUUCCACCCCAGCGCGCACGCGUGCGCAGCCGCAGCCGCGGCAGCAGCCGCAGCCGCCGCGCCGCUGAGCCACGCGGCGGCAGCAGCGGCAGCAGCGGCCGGAGCUCCUCCGUCUCUAGCCGCGCACCACCACCAUCACCACCACCACAACAACAGCAGCAGCAGCAGCCACCACCCGCUGCACCCACACCACCACCAUCACCAGGCCGUGCUGGGCGCAUCGCUUCACUCCGCGGGGUCGCCGGUCGGAAGAUCUGCCGCUCAUCCCGCGGCGAGCAAAGCGUCCCAGCAGCAGCAGCAGCAACACGCCGGCCCUCCCGUCGCGCUCGGAACGGCAGCGGCAGCGGCUGCCGCGGCUUUCCAUCAGUGGGGCGCCGUGCCGUGUCCGUGCGCCAUGUGCCAGCUGCCGACUCAUCACCUCCCCAUCAGCGUCUCCACUGCUGUGCUGCCGCGGCUGUCGACCGAUGCUAAGUGAGAUGCACCACCACCACCAUCGCCACCACCACCAACGCCACCACCACCGCGGCCACCGCAGUCUCCUGGCAUCCACGACUCUCUCGUCUCUGGUUCGACCAUCGCCGCUCCCCGUGCAAGGCAAUGCGCUCCAGAAGAUGCGCAAUGACACGCGGGCGGGCAUCGACCACCGCUGGCUGAUGGGACGACAUGGUCGCGGUAGUAGCAGAGCAGCAGCUAGUUGCUAACUUAUCCCACCCCCGUCCCCUGGAUCUUGGUGGUUCUAUGCGCGUGUGUGUGUGUGUGUCAGAUGUACAUAGCCAGAGAGACGCAGAGAGAGAGAGAGACGGAGUGAACGAUGAUUGUGCUGUAGAUUGCGACCACAGUGAGCCGCGCGCGAGCUGUCAGUGCGAUGCUCGCAAAAAGCUACGCUGAGCACGUGGAGCAGCAUACAGUCUACAUAGACUGUCGCGAUAUGACUUUUACAACAAGCGCGCGUGUUUGUCGGUGCUCGCGGAUCAGAGUCGUCUUGUUGCAGCGGAACUUUGCUCGCCUGUGUACUCACGUGCACAGGCAUACGUGGAGCGCAGCGGUGGUGUGCGCUUGGAGUGCGCGUGGGGAGCGGUGGCGCAGCGGUUAGCGCUGCUAACAACCAGAGACGAUUUUACGAACCGGUCCUGGACCUCCCCUAGGUCAAAUGAGUACGUGGUGCGGCGUGUAAAUAUCGCCACGGGGGGGGGGG